AUGAAGAGAUUGACAAAAAAGAAAGAACCAGACUGUGAGGAGGGAACUCUGAAGAAACAGAAAAAAGAAGUUGUGGAAGACAUCAAUAUAGAGGAACUGAGGAAACAUGCAGUUGAGAUCACUAUUGACCGUAAGCGUUCACAUCCAUAUCUGAUUGUUUCUGAGGACUCUAAAAUGGUGAAGGUUCCUCCAGGAUAUAAACACAGUGUAGAGGUAUUUCCAUAUCAAUUACAUGCUUUUGGAGCCCAAAGAUUCUCCUCUGGUCGUCACUAUUGGGAAGUAGAGCUGGCACAAGAAAAUAUACCUCCCAAAAACUUUUGGAUAAUUGGUGUGGAAGAGAGAAAUUUGACUAAAAGCAAAAGGUUCUUGUGUUCAGACGGUCCUCGUGGCUUUUACACCAACACUGAUCCACCAGUUAAACUCUCUCUGACACCGAGACCUGAACGACUGGGAGUUCUGUUAGAUUAUGAUCACGGUCAGCUCUCAUUUUACAACGUCACAGAGAGAAAACAUCUCCUGACCAUCAGCAGCAGAUUCUCUGGAUCAGUCGUUCCUCUCUUCAAUCCUGGAGCAGGUGAUAAGAGCACGCUUACAAUUCUGGAUCUUCCAAAACCUGUAGAACCAGAUGAACCCACUCAGCCUUUACUGAGUAACAUGGUAGCUGUAGAAUCAGCUGUAGAAUUCCAGUGGUAAUCCAGAAACUGUAGAAUCAGUUGCAGAGUCCAGACAGUCUUUAACAACAGCUCAGAAAGUCUGACUGAUUAAUGCAGUUUAAACAAAUGGAUGAAUGUACAAUAAAAUAACAUCUUACAUCAACAAACUACAAAAAAUGUAUUAAGAUGUAGCAUGGUGCUGGGAACAUCAAGCUCAUGGGAUUGUUUCCCAGUAAUCAUGUGUACUUUUAAAACAUACAACUUGAACACAGCAUCAUCAGUUCAACCAAAAGUCAAUAUAUGACAACUUCAGAUGAUGUCAUCCAGUCUUACAACGUCACCAAGACUACAAAUAUGAAUCCUCCUCGACCACAUCAACAUACACACUAUAAUAAAUAAAAGUGGACUUCAAAUAAAGUUUUAAGAUACAUAUUUGUUUUUAGAAGAUCAGCUUGAUUAGAAAACAGAGUCUCAACACAAGAUGCCAAGACAGAACUGCAGGAAAAAACAUGAACCAACACCAUCAGCUAUAAAAUGAUCUAUCAUGGACACAAACAAAUAAAAAUCUCCUCCAGACACUCAUCCAGGUUUUUGAGGCUGCAGCUUGUUUCACGUCUCACAUCACACCGCAUCGCUCUCGCUCGCAUCAUUCAAAUGCAACUUCUGUCAUCUUGUACCUCAGUUAUUGACUGUAUUUACUGUAAAAUAAACCAGAGGACCAUUAAUAGCAUAUUGUUGAAGAGUUUGUCCUGUUGCUAUAGAACAACUGUUUUGUACACUGUCAUGGAUUUAAGAUAAUAAAAAUAAAAGAUUUUAAAA